AUGGGUGUUCUCUGGUGGCGUGUACGCGUGUAUGUGCAGCACGUUCAAAUCAUCGUUAGAGAACGUCUUCGUUCCAAUGUAGGCACUGUCCAUUUUCUGACCCGGUAUCCCUCCCGUCUACUUCUGCGCCGUUUGUGCGCCGAUUUCUUCUUGUGUCGCGGGUCAGCCAUGGGAAUACAGGGUCUGCAGACAUACCUUGAAACGCUUGUACAUGGCGGGUGCACAUUCACUGACAUUGUGAAAGAGGCGAAGAAGCAUGCUGCAUACUGCACUCAGGGAACCAAGCCCACAAUAGUGGUAGAUGGCCUGUGUUUAAUCAGGUGGCUUUACAGUAGAACAAAUGACUACAUAUUUGGUGGCCCGUGGAGUUACCUUGUGCAUGCCUUGAUGGGCCUUGUAAGAUCAUUUCAAGAGAGAGGCAUUGACUUGGUGUUUUUCUUUGAUGGAUCUGUGUGUGGUGCAAAAGUGGAAGAAUGGCGAAGUCGACGAGAGAAAAAGUGUCAAGAGAUUAUGAAGACAUUUGAGAAACUUCGAGCUGGUUGCUGGACAGGUGGUGAUAGGAACUUUACUUGCCCCAAUGGAACUGCGCACACGUUGUGCUUCAUGGUCAGGCACUUAACAUCAUGCAAAGUGUUUUAUGCAGUGGAAGAGUGUGACACUGAAGUGUGUCGUUAUGCUGAGAGUCAUCCAGAAUGCUUUGCCAUAUUGGGUCAGGAUACCGACUUUGUCAUUUUUAACAUGCGAGUUCUGUAUCUCUCCAGCUUGCACUUAGACAUGGACAGACUUCAAACCCGUGCCUACAGUUCUGAGGCACUUGCUCAACAUCUGGGGCUUCAUCGUGAGCUCCUCCCCCUCUUCGCAUGCCUUGCAGGCAAUGACAUUGUCGGCAAAGAACAACUGAAGUCAUUUCAUCACUCACUUGGUUCUGCUCCUUACAGUCAUAAUCGUCAUGCGUACUUGUUCGAGAAAAUCGCUGCUGUCAUCCGUCAGAAAGGAUGGAGGGCCGUUCCUGACAUUUCUGUGGCCAGGUGUAUUGGAGUCGACUUGGACCUCUUGCUGAAAGGGGUUCGCAUGUAUGACACAAAAGAAGAGUGCUGCGAGUUGGGGAUGCCCUUGGGUAUUGAGCAAGCAAGUUGGCAUCUGGCCUUCCGCAUGUACAAGCGCGCACAAAUGCCUCCAUUUGUUUUGCAAGUUCUUUAUGGCCGAGAGAUCUUCCUUGGGGAAACCAUGGAGCAGCCAAUUGGCAACGUACCAGCACAUAUCUGCUUUCGGUCGGUCAGGCAGAGGAUUUACUGGGUCCUUUUCAGAGGCGACAAUUCAGUGAUCAUCACUGAGCACGUCACCUACCCUGGAAACAUUGGAAUAAGGGAUGAGGCUGUGCCAUGUGCACCUGUGCAUAUUGAAGGUGGAGUACCACGGCUCUGUCAUCUUUGGUCCGAAGACCCAUCCUUGGAGUUUAUGCGCUGGUGCCUCUUCUGUGGCUGCCUGCAACUGGAGAGGCAGAUUGAGCAGCUCAGAAUGCUGCCUUCCUCCUAUGUGGUUUUUUGUUGUGUGCUACAUCAACUGUUUCUAGCCGGAGUCAUUGGGGAACGGGAACUGCGUUCUUUGAUCCUACAAUGCAUCCUCCCCUACGAGACAAAACUUGAACUUUCAAAAAGGCAGAUCCCACAGUACAACCAGAUCAACGCUGACUUGGUUUCCAUCUCAACGUAUGUAAUGAUAGGAAUUCAGUGUGUGACCAUGGCCCUCAGUGUCUGUGGACAACCGUCACCAAUUCAAAGCGCUGCACCUUGGCUUUGUUUUGAUGGAAAGCUGUUCCAUUUAAUUCAUCGGGAUCUGAACGAAUCGCAAGCAUCAUUUUCCUCAUUAUUAGAACAUGACGCUGACCUACUGCAUCGGUACAGUCACUUGUGGGACAUUGUUACCUCUGGAUGACCACCACAUCGUCCACUUCGCUGCUGAGCAAGCGUGAAACAAAAAUGUGGACAUCUAAACUUUGAUUUUGAACCAAAAAGAAAAUGUUUUAUGCAGGUUUUAACAAAUUAUUUUGUAAAUACAUUUGUGUGUUUGACAUUGAAACUGCCAAGUAUCAAAAGUUUUUAUUGUUUGCCAUCUUAUUCAUCAUAAAGUGCUUUGAAAAGUUUUUAAAACUAGAUGUUAGUUUGCAUGUUCCAACUUUCUGACAUAAGGAAAUUUCGUACACUAUAUGUUUUGAGGGUGAUUGAUGAACUGGAACGUCAGCAUUGCCUUUCACUCAUCAUUACUCAUUGCUCAUCAACAAAGGAAAAUGGGGAGCCAAGAUAUACUGACCGGCAGAAUUUUGGCUCUAAGCUGAUGCUUCCUUUGCUCGCUCUCUGUGAAACCCCCCCACAAAAGCUAGAGAUUUCUCCCACAGCUUGCAUUGGCAACUAAAAAUAAAGCAUAAAAUAUGAAAGAAAGAUGCAGCUUUGCAUAAUUCCAUUCAAUGUAGCAGUUUUAUGCCACAAAAUGCGACGCACCUUUUUGCAUGGAAGGCAUUGCAGAUCUGAACUUAUUGCCAAGUGAGCAGAGUGGCAUGUCUUUGUGACCAGUGGCCACAGUUCUGCGCUUUCAUUUGCUGUCAAAACAUGUAUAUAUCACAUGUAAUUUUGUGCAACAUUACAUCUAUAAGCUCUGCAACAACUCUGCAGGAUACACCCUUGACAAUAUUAGACUAAUUGCACUAACUUCUAAUCUGGUUAAAUUAAUAGAAAGAAUUCUUUAUGCCCGUCUGAUGAAAUUGGUAGAGGAUAAAGAAGUUUUCGGCCUCUUCCAAAUUGGCUUUAGACUUGGAUGUUCUAUUUGGCAUGCACAUGUGGAUUUGGAGAGCCGAAUCAAAUUAGCGUGCCGUCACAGACAAAUAGCAGCUCUGGUAACAUUGGAUAUCUCAAAAGCUUACGAUAGUGUAAGGACAUAAAAUAUUAUUAAAUCAAUUAAAAUUUCAUGAUAUCUCUAAUUAUAUAGUGAGGUGGUUUAGUGAGUUUUUAACUGGAAAGGAGUUUUAUUGUUCACUAAAAGGUCAUUCUUCAGGUAUACAUUGCCAGUCAAGAGGGGUUCCUCGGGGAGCAGUCACCUCGCCUCUUCUCUUUAAAGGGACACUAAAGAGCAAAACGAUUUUCUUCGCAUUAGUAAAGUAGUCUUCCACGAUACCAAAAACACCACGCUUUCUGUGCGAAGACGCUUAAUAAGCGAGAAAACGCGCAAAAAGAAAAUACAGGUGGCGACGCCACCUUGGAAUUCCUGCACCAUUUGCCGUGACAUCACAUAUUUUUGACGGCGCCUGCUUGGGCCUACGUAGUUCCUAAUCGGUUAAAUCGAAGUACAUUGUCCUCUGAGGGGGCCAGAGACUUGACAUAACGAGUUUGUGGAAAUUUCGUUGAGCCAGUGGCGCCAAAAUACGUUAAAUGCUAUUUGAAGUCUUUUACGUCACGAAUUACAAAGUUUGGCGCGAAAUAUAAAAAUGAAACUUUGAACUUGGUUUUCUCCUCUAAUAAUAAACCUAUGGUGGUGAAAUAAACUACACAAGAGUUCUCCGAGCACACUUUAUCAAUCUAAACCAAUUCAUUGUUUCUCUUUAGUGUCCCUUUAAUGUAUUGCUAAGCACUAUUCCAAGCCAUGAUGGUGUAUAUACAUACGUAUAUGCAGAUGAUAUAGCUUUUUUUGCAUCAGGCUCUGAUAUGCAUUCAUUAUAUACUCGCUUACAAACGUAUAUUUGUGCCAUUGAAAAUUGGUUAGAGGCUAUCCAUUUAUGUCUUAAUGUCUCAAAGAGCACAGUGAUAGUUUUCCCUUUGGAUAACCCAGCUAAUAUAACACUAACUUGCAACCUGCAGGACAUACCACAAGUGGACUCGGUAAAAUAUCUGGGAAUAAUUUAUGAUACUCGCCUCCCUGGCAUACACACAUUGAGUACAUAACAGAGAAAGGAGUAUGGGUGCUAGGAAUCCUACGAAGACUUCGCAACAGUCGAACGGUGAUGCAAAGGGACACACUAAUUAUGAUAUACAAGAUGUACGUACGCCCAAUAUUAUAAUUCGGAUGUGUUUUACAUUCGGGUGCACCAGCUUAUAAAUUGCGUCCUCUUGUACUGCUGGAAAGAGAGGCCCUUGGAUUACCGAAAUUCGUAGCCAAUAAUGUCCUCUACUUAGAAACAAGAUUGCCCUCUCUUUUGUGCAGAUUUAGGAUACUAACGGUACAAACAUUCCUAAAGAUGUAUGAAUAUCCUAUAAAACUAAAAAUUGUUUUCAUGUCUCACCCAACGUUAUUUUUUCAAUCUUACUGGCCUCGAUUUCAUGCACCACAGGUGAGUUACGUACAAGCACUUAUUGGACCAUUAGAUGUUAAACUGAGUGAAGUUCCUUCCAUUGACAAGGAAAGGCACAACCUUAAAAUCAUUUUUGAAUAUAUAUAUAUCCAAAUCAUGCCAAAAAUUUGCCUUACCAGAUAUUAAACGGCCUACUACAAAAGCAUUUAGAGGGAAUAAAUACAACAAAUAUUAUAGCUACCGAUGCCUCACAAUCCGAAGAAAAAUCUGGCAUUGGUAUUUUCUCCGAGACAUUCAACUGGUCAUUUCUUAUCAGUAUUUUCGGCGGAAUUUUUAGCGGUGAUUAUGGCUUUACGAAAGCUGAGCCCAUCAACCUCAAGAGUGGCUAUAGUUACAGAUUCGUUAUCUUUGUGUUCAGCACACUCUGCACAUAGUGAUUCUAAAUUAUCAUGUACUUUUCAUUUUCUUGUUCCAACCCUCGUAACUUUAAUUAGAUCGAUCUGGGUACCGGGCCACAAAGGGAUAAAAAUGAAUGAAAUGGCGGACACUCUGGCGAGAGCCGCUCUCAGUGGUCCAAUACUACCAAUUAUCCCCACAUCAGCACUCAUUAUUCGUGACAGAUUUAGAAGGCGUGCCAUAAUUCAAGAUUCCGGUAGAACAUUAAUCACUCAUCUAAACGAAUAUCGACACCUCUUGUUUCCUUGGCGUAGGAAUUUCUGUUUAACAAGAAAAGAUGAAGGUAUUUUUACUAAAUUACGAUGUCGCGUUCCAAAACUAAACUUUUAUAUGCAUAGAUCUGGUCUGGCUCCUUCCCCUCUUUGCUCGUUUUGUAACAAGGACGAAACAAUUGAACAUUAUUUCUUAUCAUGUAACCGCUUCAAUUUACUGAGGAAAAACAUUCUCAAAGCACCGUUUAAUCGUAUUAGAUUGUAUUUCAUUACUUCGAAUAUUCUAUCCUUGGGAGCCUCCUCAUUAGGUCGUUGUCACCGGGAUGUCUGUUCUGCUGUACAAAAAUUCUUAGUUGAAUCAGGGCGAUUCUGAUUCUGAAUUUUUAAAAUGCAUUAUUAAUAUAUUCUAACUUUCUAUAAUUCAUUUUCAUAUGUGUCCACUUUUACCUAUAAAUUAUUUAUUUCUUGGCCAAUCCCCAAGAGUGGGUGUGAGCCAUUUAUAAGGUCAUCAUCAUCAUCAUGACAUGCACUGACGAACGGGCGCAUCUGCUUGCCCCAUUGUUAUCCUCCUCCCUCCGUAGCUUUCAGCUGCCGGACGCAACCUUCUUUGUUGUGCUGUGUUUGUCAGCGUGGGACAACGCCGUUGUAGACGCUCUCAUCAACCCAGUUGGGGGGCCUUCAUCCGAGGGCAUCCAUCAACGCUUCUUCUGAGUGUUCCCGGCAGCGGAAGCAGAGGUCAUUGGCCUUUCACCCCAACCCUCCUUCGGACUCAAACUCCUUGCCGACAUUCCGAUAUGCGAGUCGUUGGGGCGUGGCGCGUGAAUUGUGUGGUGCACUGGUGUUCCCCCAUUGGUCUUCUCGACCGACGAGUGUAUUGUGCGACUCUUUGCCUUCUUUCUGGAGGCCGGACGCCAGGCCACCAGAUUGGCGGGAGACGUUGACACCAGUUUGCGUGUGCCUCAGUAUUGACAGUCUCGGGGCUAUAAAAGCCGAAGACUUUUGACGUUAUUCUUUGAAAGUACGCGCCUCCUCACUGGGAAAUCAUCAGCUAUGGGGCCGGACGGCGGGAGCCAGCUACCGUAACAAGACCAACGAACCCCACUUCUUAUACCCUCUUAUUAUGCCAACUAGAUGUGUUUAAUGAAAAGUGAGAGGCAUUCCUGGUGACUUUCAACUACACCUGUUACCAACAAUGAAGAGCUUGUGCGACUGCUAGCAAUAUAACCAGCGCUUUGAAAGCGACUAAACACUUGAUCUAAAACUAUGUUAAUUGAGCAUUGUGGAGGUUGUGCGUAGUAUACUGCAAAAUGGUUCAAACUACUGCAGUAUUCAUACUACACUGGCACAGGAAAUGCAGAGAGACCAAUAAGAUAAUUUUUAUUGUACAUCUGUACACUUGGGUGUGUUAUCUUCUGCACCUCCACCGGUGCAUUUUUGCAUCAUUAAGUACUGUGGCUGGUUGUUUUAGGGUUUCUUGUCCUUUUUUACAGUCAUGAUUAGCCUGGAAAUCUGGGCUGGCAGUUCGCUUCAAUUGUUCAUCUCUUUGAACAUUCAGAAAUCCUAGUUUUUGCAGGUUGUCUAUAGAAAAGUAUUUCAGUAACACUAAAGGCAGGACCAAACAAAGUGUUUCAUGUC